AUGCCUAAACUGCUGGACAUGUUACUGUCUGGGAAUUACAAAGUGUCCUUCAUACAGUGCUUUACCCAGAUGUAUUUUUUUGAUGCAUUUGCUUUCACUGAGGUUAUCCUUUUAACCAUAAUGGCCUAUGACCGGUAUGUUGCUAUUUGUAAACCCUUACACUAUCACCAAAUCUUCAGCAGGAAUCAUUGUGUUAAACUCAUGGCUGCCAUACGGCUAUGUGGAUUUUUAAAUUCUUUGCUUAUUAUAUUACCAGCCACAAGUAUGUUUUUCUGCAAUUCAAAUAUAAUCCACCAAUACUUCUGUGAUAUUAAAUCUCUUAUGGAAAAUGCAAAUGCCAACAAGGAAGUGUUUUUAAUAGUGAUUUAUCUAGAAGUAUUGUUACUUGGAUUCUCUCCAUUCUUCUGCAGUUUGCUGUCCUAUAUAAUAAUUAUUAGCACCAUAAUACAGAUUAAAUCCAGAGAUGGCCGGAGAAAAGCAUUCUCCACCUGCUCUUCCCACCUCAUAGUCCUAACCAUGUUUUAUGGGACAGCUUCAUCUGUUUUCAUGAUGCCACCAUCAGACCUAUACUGGGUCAUUGAGCUUAUCUUGACUGUACAGUAUACUGGAGUUACACCCAUGUUAAACCCUCUGAUAUACAGUCUACAAAAUAAAGCUGUAAAGAGGGCAAUUAAGAGAUCUAUUGGGAUAAAAUAA